AUGGCGACGGCUUCCUUACCGACGCUACCACCAUUUCUUCCCACGCCAGGUGCCCCUGCGCAGCCUUGGCUAAGUUGGAAAACGUCGUUUUUCAAUUAUCUUGUGGCCAUAGAGGCAGAUGAAAGCUCUCCUAAGCGCAAGCGCACACUACUGUGGGCGUUGCUUGGCUUGGAAGGCCAACGAAUAGUUUCGACAUUUCCUUCAACAGUCCCCGCCAGCAGCGCGGCCGUUUCUGAAUUUGAUGAGCUCGUAGCGGCACUUGAUGAGCAUUUUGCUGCCAAAGCUAACGUUGUCGUCGAACGCAAGCAAUUUCUCAACCGCGUCCAAUCACCGGGAGAGAGCGUCCUCGACUACCUUAGCGCACUCAGGCAACUUGGUUAUUUUUGUGAUUUCGGAGAGUCCUUUGAAAACCGCAUCGCGGAAGUCUUUUUGGCCGGUUUAAAUUCAUCGGAGGUACAAGAUCGGGUAAUCCGAGAGUCUGCGGAAGCUGGACUACCCAGCCUCGAACGUAUUGUGCUUCUAGCACAGCAGUUCGAACAGGCGUCUCGAGAUUGCGAUCGGUACCGCCAAUUUCCCUCCAGUUUAUCGCGUUCUGGAACGCCGCACGCCGUUCAGGUCGUACAAGGGGUUUUUAUUCAGCGUGAACAAGAUGGCCGACGAUCGAAUUCGAAUUUGAACAUCCAAGAUCAAAAUGGAGAGCGGCGGCAUGCCAUUUCCUGCUCCCCCGCAAAUGUUUCCUUCUCGCCGCAACACCAGUCGCGCGAGUCGCGCGCACACACCCGCACUUUCGUGAGCCGAGUACCGCGUGAUGCUCCGCCGGGCGCGCGCGCUCUUAGGCACGGGGCAGAGUUAUGUCAUUUCUGCGGUCGCCGACCCCAUUCACGUGAGGAAUGUCCUGCUUCAGGAUUGUCUUGUUUUUCUUGUGGCAAACUAGGUCAUUUUUCAAAUGUUUGCCGGAGUUCUCCUCUAUCGUCCGCUGCCAGCGAUCGUCGUCAGCUGGCCUUUCCGCCGAGACGUGGUCGGGCCGCCGGUCGCCGGUACCAGCGGCUUGGAGUUGGCCGUAACCAGACAACCAGCCAUGAAAGCGUGGCAUUUUCUGACGAAGAGGAGCAGCAGCCGAAAAUUUGCACCGUCGGGUCACCGGAGGUCCUUCCAAAAGGACGCGCCGACAGUCGCCCACGGAAUUUCACCGCUGAUGUUCAUGUGAAUGGAUCUACAUUACCAUUACUCAUUGAUACUGGCUCCGAAGUUUCAAUACUUUCCGAGAGCAUGUUUAACAAGAUUAACUCCCAGCAGCAAAUCCGGCUAAGGAAACCACCGCGCACUCUUGUGCACUACCUCCGAGGGUCCAUUCCAGUCGUGGGAUGUUUCCAGACCAAAGUCGGCUUUAAAGAGCGAUCCGCCGAGAUACUUUUCUACGUUGUUCGCAAUGGCCGAUCCCUGCUUGGGACAGAUGCCGUGCAUAAACUUCGUCUCAUUUUGUCGGGUGCUCCACUCAAAUGUUUCCAUAUCAAUUCUGCGGACUCUUGCGCAGCCAUCCCAGGCCAUCCGUGGCCCUAUCUAACCAGAGUGUGGCAAAGCGUUUACAAGGACUAUGCAGUCAAAAACAGAGUUAACUUCCUCGUGCUGGUCGACGCUUACUCCGAGUGGAUCGAAGCUUCUUGCAUGAGUAAAAGGACAAGUGCACAGACAGCCGAGAAAUUAGACAUACUCUUCGCAGCCUACGGCUACCCGGAGGAACUUGUAACCGACAAAGGCCGACAGUUUACCUCGGACGAGUUUCAAGAGUUCCUGCAACACCGUGGUAUCAGGCAUACCAGGACACCUCCCUACCACGCUGCAUCAAACGGAGCCGCUGAAAUACAGGUGCGAACCACUAAAACUUCGCAGCUCAAGUGCACGCCAAACUACACGACAGCACAGACUCCAGCCGAGCUCUUGCUAGAGCGAGUGCCUAGCAUAAAGUUGUCUCUGCUCAAGCCAUGCAUUGCAGGUGACAUAGCGGAUCGUCGGCAAAGGAGCGACGACCAACUCAGCCAGCAAAGAGGUACAGCGGACUGUUUCUGGGUCCACGAGAAGCUCUACGUCAAAACAACGCGAGGAGAAGCCGAAUCAUGGCAGGAGGAAAUCGUCGAACAAGUCCUCAGCCCCGCUACGUAUCUCGUCAGAGUAGACGACAACGUGCAAUUCGUCCAUGCUGACGACCUGCGGAAACGAUCGUGCAUUGCACCGAGACCACCUUCUACACCAAGUCAACACGUCACAGCGGUCCCGGACUGUCGAUGA